AUCUCCUGGCUCCUGGACUUUCUGGAGCCCUAGUUUGAAACCAUGGCUUUAGCGGCGCCGGCACCAGCGGCGUUGAGUCCUUUUCCUGGGGUCACAGCCUCCAAUACACCUUACUGGCUGAAGCCCCGCCUUUCUGGCAAUGGUCACAGAGAAUUUGUCCAGGUCUCCAAGGCAACCAAGGCAACGACAACUAAGAACGCUGCAGCGAGCGGCUUAGGCUUGGCCUUGGCUGGCUUGGUGGGUGGCGCCAUGCGCAGAAUGGGUGCACGAUCUCGAUGCAAAGCAAGAUGUGCCCCGAUGCAAACCUUGACUCAAACGAAGCAAGUGAAGAAGAUGAAGAAGUUCCAAAUGCUCCGAGAUUUUCUGGGGAUUGGUGUCCUGUUGGGCAGUUUCCAAGCAGCUUGGCAUAUCCUCCCAGUAUUCCUGGAUCUCAAGAUUGCAGCUGACCCUUCUCUUCCUAUGCUCACUGAAUCCACCCUUCCAGUUGCCAAGACUGCCAUCUUCACAGGGUGGCUGGCAGGAUCUGUGUGUUUGCGCCACGCUAUGAACAUCUUUAGCAAAGAAGAGUUGGUGGUUGCCAGUGCUUCUGGCCUUCUCUUGGUCGCAUUGGCCACAGUGAUUCUUCCUCAUUUGACGGGCGGAAGUCUCAUGGUGUUCACCAUGCUGAGAUUCGUCUAUGGAAUCCUCAUGAACAUUGCAACCGUCCAAAUUGUGCUUCUCCAGAUGAAGAUGCCUGCAGAUCGCAGGCACCAGGCAGUGGUAUGGAAGAAUGUCUUCUACAGCAUCGUUUCAAUCUUGGUGGCAUUCGCAUGCGGUGGUCCAACCUUGAACUUGGAUUGGAGGUUGGAGGCACUUUUGUGGUAUGCUUUGCCGCCUUUGCUUGGACUUUGUGUGUCGUUUCCCAACUGGUGGAAGACGCUGCGUUCCCUUCCAUCUAUUGCAAAACACAAGCUGCAGACCUCCAAGAGAUCCAAAGCAUACACCGGCAGAGAUGAGACGACUGCGACAGAUGCACUGACCCCAACGAUGAGACGACAUGAAAUUGCUUUGGCAACCUGCUUUGUUGCCUGUGGCUGUGCUUUCUUUGGCUUGAGCUACUCUGCUAGGCAGUUGUCAUCCAAUGUCUACAAAAGCUCGAUGCUGUUGAACAUGGCUGACAUCCUGGGUUUUCUCGCAGCCAUGAGCGCAGAUGUCUUCGGAAGGAAACGAGUUCAAAGUUGCUGUUUCACUCUUGCUGCCAUCUGCUUGCUUGUUUGCAGUACGGGAGUCCCCGGUUCCGCCUUUGUGCUCUCCUUUGCUGUGAUCGGCCGCUUGUGCUUGGAUGUGAGCUUCACCACAGUCCUGGUCGCAAUGGCAAACAUCUUUCCAGAGUCCGCUCAGAAGCGUGUGCUUCCCACCUUUGCCAUUGCCACCCGAACAGGGAGCCUUCUUGCCCCAUUCAUGGGAACCUUGCCAGCAGCAAUUUCAUGCCCACUCUUCAGUGCUCUUUGCUUUGUGGCUGCCGGUGCCUCAUUGAUCUUGCCUGACACAAAGAAUCCUGAAAUCUCAUCGAGGGCAGUGAGAGAUGACUAUCAGACCUAUGAGAAAUAUCGCCGGAGUGACCAGCCUUCGAUGACCAGACCCCUGUGGUUGCAGCAGCCCAAGCCAAAGCUGGCCAUUUUGUAUUUGCCACAACUUUGGCUGAGGCAAUCUGGGGGACAGACUGUGACCAAUGCCACCAGCCCCUAAUUGUUUGCAAUGCUCAAAGUGGGGAGGCUGUGUUGGCUGACUGGAACCUGAUCUCCCAGUCUUCCCAUCGAAUCCAGGCGCAAAUUUUGUAUAGCAAAGAGGUUCAACGAGGCUUCUUGAGUACAGCUCCCUGAAAAGGGAAUUGCUGGGUGUUCAAGCUUCCAUAGCUCCAAGCUUUGAGAUGCAUUGUACAAGACAUUUUUAUUCUUAUUUGGUGUUUGUGUUCUACUUUUGUGCUUGAACCCCCAGAUGCCACGAAUCAACAGUGGAUUUUCUGGAGCAGCAGCCUCGG